AAUUGCAACAUUUUUGAAAGCUGUCACUCGGCCAGUAUUUUUCUCUUCUGAUUUUCGGAUAAUAGAGUGUAAUAUUAAUUAACUGAGUAUUUUUACAUUAUGUCGGAAAGCAAAGAUGUUUCGAAAAAUGAUGCCGAUCCCGAAUUGGAUGACUUGUUGGACAGUGCUUUACAAGAAAUGACGAAGAAACCUGAAACAAAAACUGAAGAAACUCCACAGAAUAUAUGGAGCGAGGAAUUUAUUAAAGAAGCCGCCUCGCAGUUUGAAAGCAACAUGGCCGCUAUACUUGGCGGCUUCAGCGGAGUCCCUGAGGAUCAAAUAACACAGGAGCAAAUUGCAUCGACAUUUUCAAAAAUGGCGGAAGCGGCAGCGCAGGUGCUGAAGCCGAUGAAAGAAAAUGAAGCUCUCCCAGCAAGCGAUCCCGGGGCGCAAGAGAAAAUAGACGAGGUGUCAGCAGCCAUCUCACAGACGCUACAGAAUUUAAACACUAAUUCAGAAAGCUUGCAAACUCCGUUCUCCGAACAGGAUCUAGCCAACAUGUUCAAUAAUUUCAAUUUAAGCGAAGGAAGUCAGGACGGGAAUAUGUUCCUACCCUUCAUGCAAGGAAUGAUGCAGUCAUUGCUAUCCAAGGAGGUUUUGUAUCCGUCACUGAAGGAACUGGUGGACAAAUAUCCAGACUGGUUAAGGGAUAACAAAGGCAAAUUACCGCAGGAGGAUUACGAACGAUAUGAAAAACAGCAGUCGUUAAUGAAUCAGGUGUGUUCGGAGCUGGAACCGGAACAAGAAUCUGAUCCCGAAGACGUGAAGAGGAAGAGGUUCGAGAAAGUACUGAAAUUGAUGCAGCAGAUGCAAGAUUUAGGCCAGCCCCCCACAGACUUGGUGGGCGAUAUGGCAGUCCCGCCUGAAGGGUUCGCGGCGCCCCCGGGUCAGGACGCGUCCCAGUGUUGUGUAAUGUAGUGUAUAUUGUGGGACUGUUGAUGAUGUACCGUUUUUCUUGAGAUGCAAUUGGCUGUGAUGGAUAUAUUGAACGGAAAUCAAUGGUCAUUGAAUGAGUAUAUGCACUUGGGAUUGGAUUUUUUUCUUCUUUGCUAAUGUUUUUAAAUAUCCGCGUGUGAUAUUGAACGUGUAAUUUUCGUUACAUUGAAAAUAUUUACAUUAUUUGCAUUAAAAUCAAGAUGAUAAUAAUAUAUAUAUAUAUUUAAUGUCAUUUCUGGUAUAUGAGAUUUUUUUGAUGAUUGGAAAAUCCUAAAUUUUUAUCCAUCUAUCGUAAAAAUCAACAGUAUUGAUUUUGUUGUUAAAUGUUCAUUUUGCUCGCUCAACCAAAAGCAAGAAGCUAAUAAAAAAAAAUUUGGAUAUGUAUGAGGCACAAACUAGCUUAAGAUAUAUAAGCUUCGUAUACUGACAGUUUUCGGAAAUGUUUGUAUAUACUCGACAAGCUUCGGGAGUCAAUGCAAGAAUCGCUUUCGGAAAUCUUCUGAAAGAUUCGGGUGACUUCGGAACGAUUCGGGUAACUUCGGACAGAUUCGGGUGAGAUCGGAAAUCUUCGGAAAGAUUCGGGUGACCUCGGGAGUCGAUGAAUUUGUAAUUUAUGCGGCCCACACAUACCACAACGCCUCUCUCGUCUCAAGAAAAUAGCCUUACAGCGUGACGCGGAUGUUAAAUAAUUGUAGUUUUAAUAUGGUUUUUUAUUAUAAAUAUUUUGUUUAAAUUGACAUAAUUUGUGUUGGUGAAGAUUGGACAUCUCAUUUACAUCGUAUAUCUCAAGAUAUAUCUCGGGAUAUAUCUCGAGAUAUCUUGGUGUUGUCAAUUAUUUAUGACUAUUAACACUAAUCCUACACGCUUGGUAGUUUUUAUUUAAAUUUUUUCUAACAGAUUUAUGAAAUUAAUUUAUUUUAUUCGUUGUAACUUGACUGUAGGCGAUGAAAGUCGCCUAGUACCAUCUUACACUGUUAACUUAGAUACUUACAGUUAACGGUUUCAUGAAUAAAAACACGAAAUAAAGUUAAAAAAUUAUGUCUUCUGUCCAGAUUGUCUUACAAAUAUAAUGUAUCCGAAUAUAUAACACACAUUAAUAUUUCGUGCCAAAGACAGUUGAUUCCAGAAUUCUUAACCACAAGUAGGUUCCUAAACAUUAAUCUGAUGUGUUUUUUUGUGGAAAAUUUAUUUAUAUGCACAAGUGUAUUAUGUUAUUAAAUAUAUACGGUUGGA